UUGCAGUUUGAUGGGAGAGCCAAGGCCGUUCUCAGUGAGAAUACUUGAAGAGAGAGUAGGGAUGAACCACAAACAAAAAGACACAUUGCUACACCUGCUGAUCGCUUUGUUUUGUCUGGCGCUGGGAGCUGCAGGCGAAACAGGAGACUGCCAGGAGCAAGAGUACAGAGACAAGGCUGGGAACUGUGCAGCCUGCAAACAGUGUGGUCCAGGACAAGAACUCUCAAAGGAAUGCGGUUUUGGAUACGGGGAUGAUGGACAGUGCAUGACCUGUAGGCCAAGCAGGUUCAAGGAAGACUGGGGGUUUCAGAAGUGUAAGCCGUGCUCGGACUGUGCUCUCGUGAAUCGCUUCCAGAAGGCCAACUGCACAGCCACCGGCAACGCAGUGUGUGGAGACUGUUUGUCUGGAUUUUAUAGAAAGACUAAAUUGGGUGGUUUUCAGGAAAUGGAGUGCAUACCAUGUGGGGAACCUCCUCCUCCUUAUGAACCUCACUGUAACACCAGAGUGAACCUUGUGAAGAUCCCAUCGACCUCCUCCAGUCCGCGGGACACCGCACUGGCUGCCGUUAUCUGCAGUGCAUUGGCCAUGGUUCUGCUGGCUCUUCUCAUCCUCUGCAUCAUCUACUGCAAGAAACAAUUCAUGGAGAAAAAUCCCAGUUGGUCAAUGAGACUGCACGAUGCUCAAUUAAAUGGGGCAGAACUGUCAACUUCACUUGACAGACAACGGAUUAAUCUGAGUCCACACCAAACCUGUGCGUACUGUCAGCAAAGUCCAGCACAAACUUGUGGUCCUGUUCACUUGGUUCCAUCGUGCUGUUUUGAUGAUACCUGCAGCCUGGAGUACAGCAGUGAAAGCUCCUAUCCUCCAUCAGCAUCAGAGCAUCUUAAAAGGCCCAAGGACUGUGGUCGUAAUAUACUGCCUUCUCUCCUGGAUGUCUUUACGCCCUCUUUUGAUAACGAUGCCUCAGAAGCUUGGCCUCUCAUGCGAGGCUCCAACUGCAGUGUCACUGGUUCAUCCUGUGAAUCACUCCACCAUCCAUCAGACGUUGGAAACUCUCCUGAACACAUCGCUGCCUUGACCCAAAACUCAGAAGCCCCGACAACCCCACCUUCAGAUACGUACCAGAAGGAAGAGGGUCAGCCUGAGUUACUUUGUCUGCAGUCUCUUUCUGUUGAGAUAGAGGGAACUAAUGUUGAGGGCGAGAAUCAAGAAGGUGGAGGACAUCUCGGACAUCUCCCAUCAAUAAACCAUGGAGGGCAAGAGGAGAACCAAAUGGAGUGCAAUGCUGAGCAAGUUCCAAAUGCAGAUCACGGGAACUGUUUGUAGAAUAUGUCUUGAUGGUACCAGAUGAGCAUCCAAUCCUUCUCCGUUGACUGAGGAAAAUUUAACGGUGGUUCCAAAUUUCAGGAUAUUCCAUUUUCUAGCUGAACAAAUGGCAAAAAUGCGUAAUAGUUCAGCAUCUUCAACACCGACCAAUUCAAUAUAUGCAUCAUUCUAAGCGGUUUCUGAUUUACUAUUUGCUUUCUAAUGUGAAACAUUUGGCAAGUUGUACAAAGCUCUUGGCAAGAACGUUUAUGACUGCAAAGGUGACAAUGGAGAACUGUCAAAACACCCGUGCGCAGAUUGCUGAAGGGCUUCUGAAGACAAUUGAUGAGCAAUCCACAGUUCAGUCAGCAAUCAGUGAGAUAAAGAUUGCAGCACAACUGGCCUUGACGCAUGCAAUUGCAGCAUUAACAACUGUAUGCAUUCAUGCAGCAUGCAAAGCAUUCAAGACACUGUUGUUCCAUCAAAUUGGUUUUGAUUUAUUAGGUAUCCAGUUAUGUCUUUUUGUUAUUAAAGUUUUAGAAAAUGUGGUUGUACACUUUACUGUUCUUUGUAGAAAAUUGUCACAGUAAAUUGAUGUACAGAACUUUCCUUAAGUAUUAAUAUUUUCAUAUGAAGAAGAUAGCCUGAAAUUGUAUUUCACCUCUGCCAUGCUAUAGUGUGUUCUCAAGUUAAUACUUCGACAAAUUAACUGUUAAGAAGAAUGUGUUUACCCUUCUCCUGACUGAAGGAAUCAAGAUUGUUUCAGCGGAUAGAGUACUGAUUAUCGGAGGAUGGUGGGAUAGGACUCCGGUGUUUUUACUUGUCAUUGCAUGCUGAGAGCGGCCAAAAGAUUUGCUUUGUCUAAUCUUCCACUUUUUCUCUUUCAGUUGGAUCGCUUUACAUAUAAGGUGAUGGUUUUGUUCAUAAAUGCUCGAUGAUCAUUGGCAUUCAUAAACAAUUUGUUUUAAAAAAUGGUUAAAAAUAUUAGUUAACAAAGUGUUUCUAUGUAGAGUAGAUUUCAAGGUAUAUUUUUUAGACAAGACUACAAACAAUAAAAUCACAUAUUUCAA